ACUGUGUGGAAGCACCAGGCAUCAGAGAUAGUCCUCCCUGGCACUACAGGAGAGAAUCUGAAGGGAUGAUGGACGCAUCAAAAGAGCUGAAAGUUCUCCUCAUUGACUUCUUGAAGCAGGAGAACGCCGUUUCUCACCACACGUGGGAGUUCCAAACGAGCAAUCCUGUGUUCCGGCGAGGGCAGGUGUUUCACCUGCGGCUGGUGCUGAACCAGCCCCUACAAUCCUACCACGAACUGAAACUGGAAUUCAGCACAGGGCCAAAUCCUAGCAUCGCCAAACACACCCUGGUGGUGCUCGACCCGAGGACGCCCUCAGACCACCACAACUGGCAGGCAACCCUUCAAAAUGAGUCUGGCAAAGAGGUCACAGUGGCUGUCACCAGCACCCCCAAUGCCAUCCUGGGCAAGUACCAACUACAUGUGAAAACUGGAAAACACAUCCUUAAAUCUGAAGAAAACAUCCUAUACCUUCUCUGCAACCCAUGGUGUAAAGAGGACACGGUUUUCAUGCCUGACGAGGACGAGCGCAAAGAGUACAUCCUCAACGACACAGGCUGCCAUUACGUGGGGGCUGCCAGAAGUAUCAAAUACAAACCCUGGAACUUUGGUCAGUUUGAGAAAAAUGUCCUGGACUGCUGCAUUUCUCUGCUGACUGAGAGCUCCCUCAAGCCCACAGAUAGGAGGGAUCCUGUGCUGGUGUGCAGGGCCAUGUCUGCUAUGAUGAGCUUUGAGAAAGGCCAAGGCGUGCUUGUUGGGAACUGGACUGGGAACUACCAAGAUGGCACAGCCCCAUACAAGUGGACAGGCAGCGCCCCAAUCCUGCAGCAGUACUACAGCACGAAGCAGGCUGUGCGCUUUGGCCAGUGCUGGGUAUUCGCUGGGAUCCUGACUACAGUGCUGAGAGCGCUGGGCAUCCCAGCACGCAGCGUGACAGCCUUCGAUUCAGCUCAUGACACAGAAAAGAACCUCACGGUGGACACCUAUGUGAAUGAGAAUGGCGAGAAAAUCACCAAUAUGAGCCGCGACUCUGUCUGGAAUUUCCACGUGUGGACGGAUGCCUGGAUGAAGCGACCGGAUCUGCCCAAGGGCUAUGACGGCUGGCAGGCUGUGGACGCAACGCCGCAGGAGCGCAGCCAGGGUGUCUUCUGCUGUGGGCCAUCGCCACUGACCGCCAUCCGCAAAGGUGACAUCUUUAUUGUCUAUGACACCAGAUUCGUCUUCUCAGAAGUGAAUGGUGACAGGCUCAUCUGGUUGGUGAAGAUGGUGAAUGGGCAGGAGGAGUUACACGUAAUUUCAAUGGAGACCACAAGCAUCGGGAAAAACAUCAGCACCAAGGCAGUGGGCCAAGACAGGCGGAGAGAUAUCACCUACGAGUACAAGUAUCCAGAAGGCUCCCCUGAGGAGAGGCAGGUCAUGGAUCAUGCCUUCCUCCUUCUCAGUUCUGAGAGGGAGCACAGACGACCUGUAAAAGAGAACUUUCUUCACAUGUCGGUACAGUCAGAUGAUGCGCUGCUGGGAAACCCUGUUAAUUUCACCGUGAUUCUCAAAAGGAAGACUGCUGCCCUACAGAAUGUCAACAUCUCAGGCUCCUUUGAACUACAGUUGUACACCGGCAAGAAGGUGGCAAAACUGUGUGACCUCAAUAAGACCUCGCAGAUCCAAGGUCAAGUAUCAGAAGUGACUCUGACCUUGGACUCCAAGACCUACAUCAACAGCCUGGCUAUAUUAGAUGAUGAGCCAGUUAUCAGAGGUUUCAUCAUUGCGGAAAUUGUGGAGUCUAAAGAAAUCCUGGCCUCUGAAGUAUUCACGUCUUUCCAGUACCCUGAGUUCUCUGUAGAGUUGCCUAACACAGGCAGAGUUGGCCAGCUACUUGUCUGCAAUUGUAUCUUCAGGAAUACUCUGGCCAUCCCUUUGACUGACGUUAAGUUCUCUUUGGAAAGCCUGGGCAUCUCCUCACUACAGACCUCUGAACAUGGGACGGCUGUCAGCCUGGGUGAGACCAUCAGAUCCCAACAAUCAAAUCGCAUCCCAAUAAAAACUAUGACCCAAGAAUUUAAUAUCAAGAUUAAGUUCAAACAAGUGAACAAAGAGAAUUAACUGCUCAGAAGAUUGCGUUCAUCAAUCACCCAGUAG